CUCUCUCACGUCCGCUCUCUUACCCCAGUCGAAGUGCACCCUGGUGGUCUGUCGGUACCGUUUUAAUUCUUAACCAAACCCGCAAAAACCCCUCACCGCAAUCAUGAGCAGGAAAUUCUUCGUUGGUGGAAACUGGAAGAUGAACGGCGACAAGAAAAGCCUUGGGGAGCUCAUCCAGACCAUGAACGGAGCCAAGGUGGACCCCAAUGUCGAGGUGGUGUGCGGUGCUCCUGCAAUCUACCUGGACUUUGCCAGGUCCAAGCUGGAUGCCAAGUUUGGCGUGGCAGCUCAGAACUGCUACAAAGUUGCCAAGGGUGCCUUCACUGGGGAGAUCAGCCCUGCGAUGAUCAAGGACUGUGGUGUGAACUGGGUGAUCCUGGGACACUCUGAGAGGCGCCACGUCUUCGGAGAGAGCGAUGAGCUCAUUGGUCAGAAGACAGCCCACGCUCUGGAGUCCGGUCUCGGUGUCAUCGCCUGCAUCGGCGAGAAACUGGACGAGAGGGAGGGCGGCAUCACCGAGAAGGUCGUCUUCGAUCAGACCAAGGUCAUCGCAGACAAUGUAAAGGACUGGAGCAAGGUCGUGCUCGCCUAUGAGCCUGUGUGGGCCAUUGGCACCGGCAAGACAGCCUCCCCGCAGCAGGCACAGGAGGUUCAUGAGAAACUGAGGGGCUGGCUGCAGAAAAACGUGUCUGAGGCUGUAGCCAACUCCGUGAGGAUCAUCUAUGGAGGCUCUGUGACUGGUGCUACCUGCAAGGAGCUCGCCUCCCAGAAGGACGUCGACGGUUUCCUUGUGGGCGGAGCAUCUCUCAAGCCAGAGUUCAUCGAAAUCAUCAACGCCAAGGCAUAAAAAAAA